AUGGCACCCGUACCGCCAGUACUCGGCUUCUUGUUCGCUCCCAGGACCCUCAAGAGCUCAGAACCUAUUCCUGACCUCUACGUCUCCUCCCUCGAGCUCGACAUUCGCAAUGCCGACCCCGCGAAACUCGUCGGCCGUGAUGCCUCUCCCACACCAGCUCUCUCACCGAUUCAAGAACACGACCUGCAGACGAGAACGAUAGAGAAGCGCGCCGAUACCAAAUUCGUCAAAGGUCAAGGCGCCAGCCCGCCUGAGAGCUUCAACAACAAGGGCUUCUUCGCUCUUUUCGCGAUACUUGGUGCUGCCAUGGUGCUGGCUGCGAUCUGGUUCUUCUUCUGGGCUAAGAAUGGUGGCUUCCACUUCCGCGAAGGAGACUGGGACGACUACAAAUCCACUGUGCUCCGUCGCAAGGGCCCUGAUGGCAAGACAUUGAGUAAUGCCACCAAGAGCACCAAGCUUGGUGGAGGGAAGUCGAUCUACGGAAGCCAGCGUUUCGCCUGGCAGAAGAACAUGGCUCAAUCCGUCGUUGGAAAGGAUGAGAAGGGCAGAAAGGGUGUGCUCGGAAAGAGAGGUUGGGCCAAGACACACAGCAUCACCUACAGCGACGACUUCACCGAGACUCUGGCAUCGCAGACUGUUACGGACGAGAUGACGGAACUUCGAACAGAGCCCGAUUAUGACAACAGCCACCACUCGAAGCGCUAUCGUGAUCGCGAUGUCAAUGCGUACAAGAAAGAGAAGCCAGCUCGAGUUGGUGGUCUCAAUCGCGUAGCAGACGGCAGCCACUUUGACUAUACCAACACCGAUCGUUCCGAUAUCUUAUCCGAGUCCGUCGUUACCGACAAUUCAUCCCAGCCAAUCCUACCCAAGCCUAAGGACAACAAGAAGAAGGACAAGGAGCGAGCCGAGCGCAAAGCACGUGAAGAGGCAGCAAAAAUGGAACGACGAUGGAAACGCGAGGCAGAGGAGGCAGCAGCAGCACUUGCCCGCGAGAACGCACGACCACCACCACCACCCGCACAUGCCCGCAAGAGCACCAGCCCAUCCAAGCAACCAUCUCCACAGAAACACCGCCGCGACCGCGCUUCCUCGCGCUCUGCGUCCCCAAAGAAGCGCGACUUCUCCUACACCAGCGGCCCCGAAUCCGAGAUCCUCAGCACAGCAUACACCCAAUCCACCUCCCAACGCACCGCAAGCUACUACGACGAGUAUCGACCCCGCGCAAGCGAGAACCCUCGCUACUCGUCAGACCACGGCCAUGCGACCCGCGCCAGCAAGAGCAGGCAGUCGUCCCCGCGCAAGAAGCAGCAGGCCCGUGGAGGCGGAGGAGGCUACCGACGUGGUGGCACCGACAGCGACCUCGAAUGA